AUGUCUACAGGAACAAGGCAAACUCAUUCAUGUACUUUUCUCAAUACCCCUUUCAAUGUGGCCGAUUUUCUUUCCAAAGAUCCUAUCAUGAAGGUUGAGAAAUCCACCAAUAUAGGUACCAGGAAGUUAGAAAGCAAAGCAAAAAGACUUGAUCCAAAAAAAAGGAAAUCUAAUUUGGAGGAGCUGGCUGUUAAGAAAAAAGAGUUGGAGAGAACGGAAGAAGAAAAAGAUGACUUGAAGGACCAACUUGAUGAUAUCGAGAAUAAAGCCAAAACAUUGACUAUUGUGUCAGUCUUGGAGGCUAUACUGAAGAUGUUAGAGGACAUCGUAAACAACACGGUUGAAUCUUAG